CGACACGUAUAUUUCUUUCGGUCUCCGUUAACUUUGCUUAACUCUCUGUUCCCUUUUCUCCACUUUCCCUGGACGAUGUCUCAGCCUGCUGCCAACCUUGCUGUACCUGGAUUUGCCCCCACCGCGGCCAGCAUUCCUCCGAAGGAUGUCAACUACCGCCGGCCGAUGGCAAAGAAUCAGCCGGUCUGGCAUACUCCUCUGGAUCCAGUCAACUUCCUCUUGCGGGCGGCCUUGAUUUACCCUAAGAAAGUUGCUCUUGCGCAUCUUGACGUGCCGUAUCCGGUUUCCUACACGUAUGAUGUUUGGGCCCAGCGAAUCCAGAAUCUAGCGUAUGCACUCAUAGAGUCAGGUAUUAAACCGGGCGAUCGCGUAGCCGUUAUUGCGCCGAAUUGUCCUAUGAUGGCAGAUGCGCAUCAUGCGAUCUUAGCUGCACGUGGUAUCAUCACACCCCUGAAUUACCGCUUAACGAAAGGAGAGAUCCAGUAUAUCCUAGAGCACAGCGGGGCGAAACUCAUCCUCUGCGACCACGAAUUCACGCAUCUGCUGCCGGAAAAUCACGCUCCCGUUAUCAUCAGUCAAGAUACCGGUCGUGUAGGCGAUCCGUACGAGGACUUCCUUGCGAGAGGACGCCGGUUCAGCCAAGAACGAGGCUGGUCAGGCUUGCCUAUUGAGCCAGAUGAGAACGCAGGUUCUUGCUUGUGCUAUACAUCCGGGACGACCGGACGACCCAAAGGCGUCUUGACGACCUAUCGAGGUUCGUACCUCGCAGCAGUCGCCAAUGCCUACGAGACGAAGAUGGACCUGUAUUCUAUCUACCUUUGGACUUUACCGAUGUUCCAUGCCUGUGGUUGGACAUAUCCCUGGGCUAUCACCUUCUCUUUCGCAUCUCAAGUCACUUUGCGAACUGUCAACUACGAUCUAAUCUGGAAGAACUUUAAGAAUUCCCGUAUUUCCCACUACUGUGCAGCCCCCACAGUCCAGAUUGGUAUCGUCAACGCCCGUCAUGCCAGUUAUGUCGAGCAGCCGCUUCGGGCUAUCAUUGCCGGUGCCGCCCCCACUGCGCAUCUCAUCGGUUCCUUGGAAAAGAUUGGCAUAUCCGUCUCUCAUGUGUACGGGCUAACCGAGACCUACGGGCCAUUUACGAUCUCGUACGACCGGCCGGAGUAUAAAACCCUCACGGUGGACGAACGCUCUGUGUUCUUCGCGCGGCAAGGUCACUCUUUCGCUACAGCAGACGAGAUCCGCGUCAUCCAGCAUGACAACGACAGCAAGGAUCUUGUCGACAUCCCCAAGGACGGCGUCGUCCUAGGGGAGAUCACUGCGAGGGGCAACGUGGUCAUGAAAGAGUAUUUCCGAGAUCCUAAAGCCACCGCGGAAGCCUUCAAAGGCGGAUACUUCCAUUCUGGAGAUCUCGCCAUCUGGCACCCGGAUGGCAGUAUCGCCGUCCAGGAUAGGUCGAAGGAUCUCAUCAUUUCCGGAGGAGAGAACGCCUCUUCCCUCGCUAUUGAGCAAGUUCUAUCCAAGUUCCCACCCGUUUUGGAGGCAACGGUCGUGGCUCGCCCACAUGAGAAGUGGGGCGAGAGGCCGAUGGCGUUCGUCAUCUUACACUCGCAUGAAGAGGGCAAAUGGAAGGGCAAAGACAAGGAGUUUGAGAUAGAACUGAAGAAGUUUGCUAGACAGAGUUUGCCGGGGUUCGCGGUUCCUGAGUGGGUUGCUAUCGUGAAGGAGCUUCCCAAGACGAGCACGGGUAAAAUCCAAAAGAAUAUCCUUCGCCAACGUCUUGCCAAACUUUAG